GGAAUAGCUGCUUUAUCUGGGAAACGUCAUGGCCACAAUAUCGUCACGGUGGUCACACCUGGGACGGUGGUCAUGGGUGCAGUUGUUUUCGAAGUUGCUUUCGAAAGUGGCGCGGUUGCUUUCGAAGAUGUUUCUUUUCGUUGUCUUUUGCUCCAUUCUCUUCUUUAUGGAAGAUGACGGAUGUAGAUGCUUUAUCCAUCCUUAGUCCUCAUGGCACUGACUUCUCACUUCUACAUCUACAUCGGCCUGGAGGCACUGACUCUUCUUUAUGUUUUCUAUAAGGAUCCAUACUGACUCUUCUCUAUUUAGUAAGGACGGAUCCUACAUAAAGCACUGACCCUUCUUUAUGUAGGCCUGGUGGCCCUGACUCACUUCAAGGGAGAAAGUGCCAGGAUGGACUGCCUCUACUAGUACUACUAGAGUCUUGACUUCUCCUUAUUUAAGGAAUUAUAUUAGAUAUAGAGGAGGCGAGACUCCAGUAGAGACUCUAGUACUUCUGUUCUAGAGGGUUCUUUAUCAGAAAAAAAAUCGAAAAAAUUCUCCUUUCAUAUUCUUCACGUGGUUGCUGCUGAAUCAGCCAGAGAUGACCCAGAUCUGGCAGACCUGGUACGACAUCUCACGGAAGCAGAUUGAGUCCGAUACAAGAACGAGAGCACGGACAGAAGGAGAGGACGAGGAGCUCAGCUUAUGCGCCUCAUCCGUCUUUGUUGAAUAUUUUGUGUCGUGUAGUGGUUCCCUGUUCCUUGGAUGGUUCCGGUAUUUUUGGUAUAGCCUGAUUUUGAUCAGAAGGGAAAACUACAAGAAGAGAAUCCUUGUGAUCGAAUUCAGGUUACCAAAUGCCGGAAGCGUGCCGUUCCUUUUUGCGGUUGUGGCCCUUGAACGUUGAGCCUUUUUGUGGUUGUGGUCCUUCCAUGUCAACCUCUAAGUAGAAGCUUUUCGCUUUCGCGAUUUGCGAAGUGCCAGAUCCCGAGGGCUUUCCCGCCGCUCAUCUCGGUGAGCCAUUUUCGAAAAACGCAUCGCGACUUCGUGAAGAGAUACCACAGCGGAAAGGUAUGGAAGAAAGCGAACGGCACAGUUGCUGGCAAAAGAAGCUACCAGGGCGUCGGUGACUUUAAGGCUACCCCGACAACCCUUCAAGCAUCGGCAUCCGCCGGCAGCAUAAAAAUUCCUUUCUCAGCAUCAUUCUCUCGAGGAAGCUGCGAACGUGGUAGUUCUAAUUAGUGGCGGAACCCGUUGACAAAAGGAGCGAAGACGGACGAGUGGCAGCGGUUGUUCAACGGGCCUUUCACCAUGUGCGAAUGGAGUGACGCGGCGUAUUCCCAAAGACUCAUCGUGGAAAACAUGAUCAGACAACACGAACAAGAAGAGAAGACCGAGAUGAAAACCACUAAGAAGAUGAGUUUGGGCACUAGAGUAAUGUUAGAAAAAUCAACAAGAAGUAGUGACAUCAGUGAGAACCAGCAGAUGAAUCACGCUAGGAGUAGUAGUAGG